AUGGCGUCUUCUUCACGGGUCCCACCCCAACGCAACCUGAUAACGGAACGCACCAAGGUGGAGAGCGAUGUGUUGGAGAAAUUGGCUGGCCUGAAUCUCCAGCCCGGCGACACAACGCUUCCGGAGAAGUUGCCUCCAGGCACGUACGGGAAAAGGUUCACGGUGAAGAGCAAUAUUUAUCAAGUUAAGAUCGAACCAAGUGUAAUAUACAGAUACGAUGUGAACGUGGUUGGGAAAAGCAGAAGCGGAAAGGAGAUUGAGUUCACAAAGAGGAGCCAAGAGAGGUAAAUUUUCAGUUGGAGCGAUUUUUUGGAGGAAACACGAGGGAUUUUGGAUGAUUUUGAGGGUUUAUGGAGAGAAAACGUAAAAAUUAGGGAGGAAAAACGUAAAUUUUUGAAAAAGGGUUAGAAAACGUAAAUUUCCGUUGAUUUUUAAAAAUGAUUGUCUAGGUAGUGUCUAUAUAAGAGCCUCUGACAUAUUCUUCGAAAGGAAAAACGAGAUUUUUUGGAUGAUUUUGAGGGUUUAUGGGCAAAAACGUAAAAAUUAGGGAGGAAAAACGUAAAUUUGUGAUAAAAAAUUGCACAGUGUAAACUUUGACCAAUUUUUGAUGGUUAAAGUGUGUUGAAUUGGCUUAACAGCGGCUAAAGACAAUAUUUUCGAUGAAAAAUUAGAUUUUUUUGGAUGAUUUUGAGAGUUUAUGGAGGGAAAACGUAAAAAUUAGGUAAGAAAAACGUAAAUUCAAAAAAGGGUUAGAAAUGGUAAAUUCCAAAUGAUUGUUGGUAAUUACAGUUUGUUAACUUGGCCUAUGAAGGUGUCAGAGCAAUCUUAUGCAAGAAAAACGAGAUUCUUUGGGUGAUUUUAAGGGUUUAUGGACAAAAAACGUAAAAAUUAUGGAGGAAAACGUAAAUUUUUACCCUUCUCUGUUUCAGUGUUGUAAUCGCCGACCGUCGCCAAGAAUGCCGCGCCUGUUUCCGUCUGGCCUACCGCAAAUAUCAGGAAUUUUUCGGCUCCUCCAGAGAGACCCUCUACUACGAUUUGCAGAGCAUUUUGUUCUCCAAGAACGAACUCCCAAUCCCGGAUUCGCAGAUUGAUCUGGAGCUGGAUUCGGUGGAGGAUGCGGAUCCCACCUUCCCAAAGGGCAUUUCUCGAGUCUUGUUGAGCAUCAAGAAGGCCAAAAGUCAUGAGAUUGAUAUGAAAAAUUUGGACUCCAUUCACGAUCCGGAGACUGGAAAAAGAGACCGAAGUUUGUUGAAUAUCAUCGAAUUAAUCGCCAAUCAACUGCCAAUGUUUAAUGAGUGAGUUGACUUUUGAUUUUUUGGCGACAUUUUAUACGAUGAAAAAAAAAUUUUUUAAUUCAAAAAUUUUUUUGUUUUUGAUAAAAAAAGUUUUGAAGAUAAUCUCAAAAAAUACGUUUUUUAUCCCUAACAUAAAUUAACAAAUCUAAAAAAUUAACGUUUUUCCUCCCUAAAAUUUACGUUUCCUUCCAUAAACCCUCAAAACUCUCCAAAAAAUCGCGUUCUUCUUUCAGAAACGAGUUCCUAACUCUUCACGGCUCCACUUCCUACAUUAUAAACGGUGCCGAUCAUCAAUUGCCCGAGAUCCCACUCGAUGAAGGAGGAACCAAAUAUUUGGCUGCUGGCGUCAAGAAAAGCGCCGUUUACAUCGAGGGCUAUGACACUGGAAAGAUGGCGAGAGAGUGCAAAAGUGUCGGCCUUAUGGUCGAAAGUAAGUUAUUUUGGGGCUGAAAUAAAAUAUUUACGUUUUUUGUCCCUAAUUUUAACGUUUUUCUCCAUAAACCGUGAAAAUCAUCCAAAAAAUACCGUUUUUCUUUCAAAAUUUUUUCACAGUUCCUCUCAGGUUCAUUUCUGUCCUUAAUGAUUGUAAACGUCAAUGGAAAUUUACAUUUUUAACACUAUUUUCAAAAAUUUACGCUUUUCCUCCAUAAUUUUUACGUUUUUUGUCCAUAAACCCUCAAAAUCAACCAAAAAAUCUCGUUUUUCUUCCAGUAAGUUUUUCACAGUUCUUUUUAGACUUACUUCCGUACGGAAUAGUUUUUAAAAAUCAAUGAAAAUUUACAUUUUCGAACACUUUUUUCAAAAAUUUACGUUUUUCCUCCCUAAAAUUUACGUUUUCUUUCCAUAACCCUCAAAAUACUUCAAAAAUCACCGUUUUUCUUUCAAAAUUUUAUCACAGUCCCUUAUAGGCUUACUUCUGUGCACAAUAAUUAUAAUUAAUCAACGGAAGUUUACAUUUUCCCACCUUUUUCAAAAAUUUACGUUCUUCUUCCCUAAAAUUUACGUUUCCUCUCCAUAAACCCUCAAAAUGCUUCAAAAAUCACCGUUUUUCUUCGGAUAAAACAAACAUUUUUCAGCCCGACGCUCUCCCUUCCACACCUGCAAAGCGCUGGUCGAUUACAUCCGCGAUCAUCCCGGCUUUCGGCGCUAUUACGAGAACUUUAUCCAUGGCCAAAGCUCGGAGAACGAUCUGCGCUCCAUGACCAAAUUCUUGCGCCCCAUCACGUUCGGGACCAGCUACAACAAGCGCAAAAUGAAGAUCUCGUUGUUCUCGCAGCAGACCGCGCGCACGCAGAGCGCCGAAAACAUGAGUAUCUACGAAUAUUUUAUGCAGAAAUACGACAUGAAAUUGGAAUAUCCGGACGCACAUUUGGUCGGGGUAAAGCACGGAGGCGCGUUGAUCUAUUUCCCACCGGAGGUGCUGAUUGUGGCGGAUAAUCAGCUGGUUUCGGUUCAACAAAUGGACAUGAGGACCAAAGCAAGAAUGGUGGAGGUAAGGAGAGGAAAUUAGCUUGGUCCCCCCUUAGUAACCGAAAAAAUGUUGUGAUUCAGAUUUUGAUGAAACGUGGUACAAAUUAAGAGCAGGGAUCUUUAUGACAUAUGUGAGAUUUUUAGCCCGCAGUUUGCAAAAACUUUCGAGAUAUUUUAGAUUUUUGGGCGGAUGAGAAGAAAUCUGACCUUGGUCCCCCCUUACUGAUCGAAAAAAUUUUGUCCCUCAGCUUUUGAUGACACUCGGUGAAGAUUAACAGAUGAAUCCUGUAAGACAUAUACCAGAUUUUUAGCCCGCGGUUUGCAGAAAUUAUCGAGAUUUUUGGACCAAUAAGGACAAAAAUUACCUUGGUCCCCCCUCACAAAGCAAAAAAAUUUUUUUAUGAAUGCCUCGUAUUGCUAGAUUUUGAUAAAACUUGACAGGAUAAUCAAUAGAAUUCCAUAAGACAUACGCAUGAUUUUAGCUCGCGGUUUACAAAAAAACUUUUUUUGGCCGUGACUAAAAAUCGAAGGUAAGGGGGGACCAAGGCAAAAAAUUUUUUUCAAAAUUUUCAAAAUUUUUUUCCAGAUGACCGCUGUUCGUCCGGACGUUUUUCAACGCGAAUCACAGGCGGGAGCCGCCGCCAUUCGCCUACACGAUAGUCCUUUCACCACCGAAGCCGGAAUCAAAUUUUCUCGGGGAGUUUUGCAAAUCCCGGCGCGAAAACUUCCAUUCCCAUCAAUGGAAUACAAAGAUCUGAAGACGAAUCGACCCAAGCUGAGUUCGCCGUUCGGUCAAGAGGCCGCCUGGAUGCAGAUGCCGUUCCUUCGUGGCGCGCGGAUCCCGAAAUACAGCGCUUAUUUGAUCGGGACCGAGAGCGACAGCAAUAUGCCCGUCUCGAAGGAGGACCUCGCCAGGUUCUUCGAGUAUGUCGAGGAGUGGGCCAAAAGGUUUGGGAUGUGUAUUGGAGCCAUUGAUGAGUUCGAUUGGAUCUUUGAGAGCGAUGUAGACAGGAAGGUUGGAGAGAAUGCCCAGAGGAACACCAAAUUGGUCUAUUUUAUUAGCCCCGAGCACAUCAAACACUCCCAUGGUAGGUUAUUGUAUAAAAAAGUUUUAACAGGGAAAGUAUUAUACUUUUAUGGGGGCUCCUACUUUUCAACGGCACAUAUCUCAAAAAAUCCGGAAAAUUGUGCUGAUCAAGAAUAUAUAAAAAUUAGCUGCCCAAUUUUGGGUUUAGGGGCCUAAAAUGCCCAAAAACUGGUUUAAUUUCCCUACAAAAGGCGCAGGCAUUCGAAACGAUAAAAAGCGCAGUCGGUCCCUCCCUUCGCAAGAGAGCGGUGUGGCCGAGUGGCUAGUGCCGUGGUCUGGAAAUCGAGAGGGCACGGGUUCGAUUCCCUGUUUGGUCCGAAUUGGCUGUUUUUGAAGUUGAAAAAUAAGUUUUUGUGCCAAUACUGAUUGAUUAUGCCAAGAAACAUCAUUUUAAGCUAAAAUAAAAUUUGUAAACCUGUGAAAAAUUAAGCGAAAAGGGGCUUUAAAUGUUAUUUUAUAUAGUAAAAAUGGAUAUUCUGGUGACUAAGCUCUCAAUUUUUCAAUUUUUUUAGUGACAAUGAAGCACGCGGAGCACAAGUACGACUGCGUUGUGACGCAAGACAUCCGAGUUCCCACUGUGAAGAAGGUUUUGGACAAGGCAGUGGCCACGCUGGAGAAUCUCAUCGCCAAAACCAAUAUGAAGUUGGGCGGGAGCAACUACUCGGUGAAACUCGGAGUGCCGGAGGCACAAAAGCAGUUGGAGGAGAAUCUGUUUAUUGGGAUUUCGAUUUCUCAGCCGGGAGCCAAGACUCAGGUGGAUCAGAUGUCCAGAAAUAACAGAGAUGUCGCGCCUGGAGUGCUUGGGUUUGCUGCCAAUUUAUGUGAGGACCCCGACAAUUUUGCUGGCGAUUUUGUCUAUAUUGAUGCUUAUAGGUAAGAGAUUUUUGUGUAAAAUGGGUUUGUUGGACGUCUAAGGGCUGAGGCGAGAUUUUAUGGAGGUUUUGGGGUAAGGUAGGGUAAGGGGAGACCAAAAAAAUUUUUUUUAUUUUCAAGCGAACCAUCUAAAAGGUUGUUAAAAAUGCUUUUUUUGAACGUCUAAGGGCUCGAGGGAGGGCUGAAGAAGUCCUUGAGUCAAGGUGUGGUAAGGGGAGACCAAAAAAUUUUUUUUUUAUUUUCAAACGAACCAUCUAAAAGGUUGUAAAAAAUAAAUUUAUUGGACGUUUAAGGGCCUCAUAUUUGAUUAUUUACAGGUCUUGGGAUAGGGUGUGGUAAGGGGAGGCCAAAAAAAAUUUUAAAUUUUAGAGCGUCUUUUUUAUAACGUUAAAAAACGUUAUAAAAAAUGCGUUUGUAGGACGCCUAAGGGCUUUAGGGAAGGUUAUAUGGAGGUCUUGGGCCAAGGCGUGGUAAGGGGAGACCAAAAAAUUUUUUUUAAAUUUUUGAAUUGACGGUCAAAAAGGCUGUAAAAAAUGAAGUUAUUGGUCGCCUAAGGGCUUGAUGGACGACGAUAUAGAGAUCUUAGGAUAGGGUAUGGUAAGGGGAGACCACAAAAAUUUUUUUUCGAAACGGACCGUCAAAAAAGUUGUAAGAAUGGGUUUUUUUGAACGCCUAAGGGCUUAAUAGAUGACUUGAUGGACGUUUUCGGCUACGGCGUGGUAAGAGCAGACGAAAAAUUUUUUUUUAAUUCCUAAACUGACUUUCGAAAAGGUUCUAAAAAUGAAUUUAUUGGCCGCCUAAGGGCUUGAGGGGAGAUUAUAUAGAGAUCUUAGGAUAGGGUGUGGUAAGGGGAGACCACAAAAAAAGAUUUUUUUUAUUUUCAAACGGACCAUCAAAAAAGGUGUAAAAAAUUAAUUUAUUGGACGCCUAAGGGCCUGGAGGAAGAUUUUAUAGAGAUUUUGGGAUGGGGUGUGGUAAGGGGAGAGCAAAAGAAAUUCUCAAAAAUUUAUUAAAUUUGUUUCCAGAAAUGACGACUUUGUUCGACUUCGCGACGUCACCUCCCGUUGUGUCUCUCGUUUUAUCGAAAACCGACGACAUCCCCCGAAAACGGUUGUAUUUUAUUACUCCGGUGCGUCGGACGGCCAAUACGACAAUAUUUUGCGAUUGGGAUCGCCUUUUAUCAAAUACGGAAUCAAACAGGCCUGUGAUGUCGAUGUGCCAUUGUGUUUGAUCUGCGUUUCCAAGGACAACAAUUUCUCGAUCUUCCCGAAUGAAGUGAGUUUAUUAUUAUUUAUUUAUGAUGGAUUUCGAAGGGGAGUUUCUCAAAAUUGGACGCUCAGAUUUUGAUGGAAGUUGACAAAAAUUUAGAGAGGGAUUUUUUAAGACGAAUGACAGAUUUUUAGCUGGCAAUUUGCAGAAAAAGUUGUAUUUUUUAUACUUUUUAGAAGAAAAGUACUUUUAUGGGGCUCCUACUUUUCAACGGGACAUACCUCAAAAAAUCCGGAAAAUUAUGCUGAUCAAGAAUAUAUAAAAACUAGCUGCCCAAUUUUGGGGUUCAGGGUUGAAAAGGCCCAAAACCUGGCAUAAUUUCCCUACAAAAGGCGCAGGCAUUCGAAACGAUAAAAAGCGCAGUCUGUCUCUUCCUUCGCAAGGGAGCGGUGUGGCCGAGUGGCUAGUGCCGUGGUCUGGAAAUCAGGAAGGCACGGGUUCGAUUUCCUGUUUGGCCCGAAUCGGCUGCUUUUGAAGUUGAAGGUCGGAAAAACAAAUUUUUGUGCCAAGACUGAUUUAUUAUGUCUUAGAAGCUCAAGAAACAUCAUUUUAAGCUAAAAUAAAAUUUGUAAAUCUGUGAAAAAUUUAGCGUAAAGGGUUUAUAUAGGACUUUAAGCCAACUUCCGAUUGAGUUUUCACCCCGAAAAGCCUAAAAUGGGCAGCUAAUAUUUACAUAUCUUUGAUCAGCACAUUUUUUCUGAUUUUUGACAUAUGUCCCGUCAAAAAGCAGGAGCCCCAUAAAAGUACUUUCCUUGUAAGAAGAAAAAUUUGAAAUUUUUUUUUCAAAUUUCAAAAAAUAAUUAUUUUAUAUAGACCUAAGGGCUUGAAGGGCGAUUUGGAAAAAUUUUUGGAUAAAAUUAUGGCAAGGUUAGACCAAAAAAAAAUUUUUUUUGAUGACUUUUAAAAAAACCAUUUUUUAAACGGGACACCAAAAAAGCUUUGAAAAAAUUUGACAACCAAGUGCCUAAAGGCUUGAGGGAUAAUUCUAGAGUAUUUUUUCUCGAAUUAUGGCAAGAGGAGAUCAGAAAAAGCAAAAAAAAAUUUACGACGAAAAUAGGUCCCCUCUUGCCAUACCCCUUCCAAAAUCUUCCCAGCUCAAUUUUAAGAGUAGUAGAGGCUUGGAUAAAUUUAUUUUUUACCUUUUCUUAUCUCUAAUCAAUUUAAUUUCCGAAAAAUCCCCUUAAUUUUCCCAUUUUCAGUUCCCACAACCGAGUAAUCGCGUCACAAACGGCGAUUAUAACGUCCCCGCUGGCACAGUGAUCGACGAGCGGGCGGUUCAUCCACUAUACACCCAAUUCUUCCUUGUCGCCCAUACCGCCAUAAAGGGAACGGCCCGAGUGCCCAGGUACACCGUGCUGAUGAACGAGCCCGACUUUUCGUUGGACAUCCUGGAAGCCAUGUCGUACGCACUCUGCCAUGAGCAUCAGAUUGUCGGACGGGCCACAGCGUUGCCCACGCCGACGGUGGUGGCCGAGGAUUACGCGAAUCGGGGACAGCAGGUCUUCAAAGCGGCGUAAGUUGGGGUUUAGGGGCAAAAAAUGUGAAAUUUUGGGAGAAAAACAUGAAAUCUUGGAAGAAAAACGUGAAAUUGGGGAGGAAGGCGUGAAAUUGGGGAGGAAAAGCGUAAAAUUAGUUAGAAAAAACGUAGAUAGUGACUUUCCAGGGGUUACAGACUUUUUUAUGGAAGAAAAAAGCGCUUUUUUGCAUGAUUUUGGUGAUUUAGGGACAAAAAACGUAGAUUUUAGGGAAGAAAAACGUAAAAAAUUUUAUGGAGAAAACGUAAAAUUUAGGGCGAAAAAACGUAAAAUUGCUAUAUAAAAAGUCGAGAAAUUAGAUUUAUAAGGAAUAACAGACCACCUCUUGUAAGAAAACCACGAUUUUUCGGAUGAUUUUGAUGGUUUAGGAACAAAAAACGUAAAUUUUAGGGAAGAAAAACGUAAAAUUUUGAAAAAAAAGCCCGAAGAAGUGAAUUUUUUGAUAUUUCUUCAUUGUCUGGGCAACUAUUGGGCAUAUGAGAGGUCAUCAACAAUUUUUGAAAGGAAAAACGGGAUUUUUUGGACGUUUUUGAAGCUUUAUGGAGAGAAAGCGUAAAUCUUAGGGAAGGAAAACGUAAAAAUUUUGAAAAAAGAGCUCGAAGAAGUGAAUUUUUUGAUAUUUCUUCAUUGUCUGGGCAACUAUUGGGCAUAUGAGAGGUCAUCAACAAUUUUUGAAAGGAAAAACGGGAUUUUUUGGACGUUUUUGAAGCUUUAUGGAGAAAAAACGUAAAUCUUAGGGAAGAAAAACGUAAAAAUUCUAGUUGCCCAUUUUUGGGACAACCAAAAAUAAAAUUUGAAUUUUUGUUGAAUAAUCCUUCGAAUUUCAGUGAGAAAGAAGCCGAGAGAGGCCAAUAUUUCUUCCCGCGAAGCCCGGAUGGUAGCUAUGAUCUGCACAAGUUGAGUGGUGACUUAUCCUAUGAACAAUGUCAAUAUCUUCGGAGCCGCAGGGUGAAUGCCUGA